GUGGGACAAUGAUGGAUCCAUUGCCUGCGCGGACAUGCCAGAGGAAUGGGGGAUCAGCCGGCAAGACUUCCUCGCCUGGAACCCGUCCAUCACAGCUACUUGUGGCAACUACAUUACUGGCCGAUCGUACUGCGUGGAGGCCCCCUCUGUCACGCCUCCCGAGGGGCCAUCCAGCCAGUCUUCCACCACCACCACCGCCACCACUACUGCAAGCCCGACAGGCCCUACCAACGGCAUUGAGACGCCACAGCCGAUCCAGCCAGGCAUGACGCAGGAUUGCGACCGCUUCUACUUUGUCAAGCUUGGGGACACGUGUGCUGGCAUUGCCUCGCAGUUUGGCAUCAGCCAGCAGCAGUUCCAGCAGUGGAACCCUGCGGUCGGCUCGACAUGCACCGGCAUCUGGGCCGACACGUAUGCCUGCGUCCAUGUCGUUGGCCUGCAGACGUCGAAGACGACGUCCAAGCCGACAACGACGUCCACGCCUGGCAACGGGAUCCAGACGCCGCAGCCAACACAGCCGCAGAUUGUCAGCAACUGCGACAAGUUCGUGCUGGUCCAGGCCGGUGAGACAUGCGCCACCAUUGCCGCCAAGAACGGCAUCACGGAGCAGCAGUUUGCCGCCUGGAACCCGUCUGUCGGAUCGACGUGCACGGGGUUAUGGGCCAAUGCGUAUGCCUGUGUGCACAUCAUCGGCCUGGCCACCACAACAAAGGCAACCUCGACGACAAGCGCCGGCAACGGCAUUCAGACGCCACAGCCGACGCAGCCGUCGAUGGUCACAAACUGCGCAAAGUUCCACAAGGUCUCCAGCGGCCAGACCUGCGCGCGGAUCGCCGCCGACGCCGGCAUCACCGUCUCGCGGCUGCGCACCUGGAACAAGUCGCUCAGCGCGGCAUGCACGGAGCUCUGGGCCAACGCCUACGUCUGCAUCGGCACCAUCGGCUUCGCGCCGUCGACCAAGGCGACGUGCUCGACCUCAGACAAGACCUGGGGCGACAACAAGGCCGCCGCGGUCAGCAACGUGGCCAAGUGGUGUGACGGCAACUCGAACACGGACGGCAGCGGCGGCUUCGCCACAGGCCAGACAAAGUACGGCUGCUACAACGCGCCCUACGGGACCAACAAGAUUGAGUUCUGGGCGCGCAACGAUUUUACCAUCGGCACCAGCCUGUCCGUCGCCAAGUGCAACGACAUUGUCAAGGUUCCCAUUAACAGCUGUGCGCGCGGCGGCACAGCCGUACAGGAAGGCUGGUGGGUCAAGGCCCUUAUCACGGCAGGCAAGUGUUAGGCAUGAUCAGCAAGUCCGUGAUUGCAAAGGCUGCUGGCACAUGGGGCAUCUACGCAGGUGCGACGGGCUGGGGUUAUGUUGUGGACUGCCUGUCUGCUGUUUUAUUUUUUUUCAUUCCCGUAAGGACAUGGUUGCCACAUGCGCAUAGAUGCCGUCACAGGCGGUUUGCAAGGUGUACCCAUCACUCUGUCGUAAAUCAACUUCUGUGGGCCACCGUCAAUGCCUGACUUUUUGAGCUGGAAGUCUAACGUUGCAGCGCUUUGGCUAAAGUAGC